AUGGGAUUUAGUAGUUGAGCUAAAUAAAUAAAAAGCAAAAACAAAUAAAAUAAAACAAAAUACUAAAGAAAAAAAAAGAGUAAAAGCUGUCUCUUUAGCUCUGACGUUGUUUCCUGUCGAAGUCGCAGACUCGUCAUCACAGCUCAGGCGAGUAAUUCUGAGUUUCUUCUAUCUACGCGCAAUAUCUCUCAAAGGAGGCCUCUUCAAAGGUACCACAAUCAUAUCCUCUCGUUUCUAUCUGAAGAAUCAGAGAGAAGAGAUAUAUAGAGGAUGCCUGUGAUCUCCAAAGCUUCAUCUACCACCACCAAUUCAUCGAUUCCUUCGUGUUCUAGGGUUUAAUCUCUCUUCCUCUUUUUUACUCUUCUCUUUGAUUCAGUCUUUGCUUUUGAUAAUUCCGAUCUGGUUUUGUGGUUGGUACCAGAUUUAGCCUUUUUUGAGUUUAUUCAGAUUUUCACUAUACCGAUCUUCGUUUGUGUGCUGGAAAAUUGUUUCUGUGGAUUCCUUUGAAUGUGUGCUAGUGUUACUGAUUCGAUCAUAAGGCUCAAUUACUAUCUGCUAUUGACUGGUUUGGUGAAACUGGCGGUUGAAUUAUCUAUUAUAAGCUUCUAUGGGUUUUUUUUUUUUGUCAACUGUGUUUAGUAGUCUUUGUUUGGCUAUCUUAUAGUACUAUUUUGUGUCAGAUUAUGAUUUGUUGAUUGAAUUUCAUGAAACAGAUUGGAGGUCAGCUUUGUGUGUGGCCUGGUUUGAGACAACUUUGCCUCAGGAAAAGCUUAUUAUACGGAGUAAUGUGGUUAUUAUCCAUGCCACUGAAAACAUUGCGUGGAGCUAGAAAAACUCUUAAGAUUACUCACUUUUGUAGCAUUUCCAACAUGCCAUCCUCAUUAAAAAUCGAACUGGUGCCCUGCAGUAAGGACAACUAUGCUUAUCUGUUGCACGAUGAAGACACCGGAACAGUUGGAGUCGUUGAUCCUUCUGAGGCUGCACCUGUUAUAGAAGCAUUGAGCAGGAAGAAUUGGAAUUUAACUUACAUUUUGAAUACUCAUCAUCAUGAUGAUCACAUUGGGGGGAAUGCUGAAUUGAAAGAAAGGUAUGGCGCAAAGGUGAUUGGAUCAGCUGUAGAUAAAGAUCGGAUUCCUGGAAUUGACAUACUUCUGAAGGAUAGUGAUAAGUGGAUGUUUGCUGGCCAUGAGGUUCGGAUACUUGACACUCCUGGCCAUACACAAGGCCAUAUUAGCUUCUACUUUCCCGGGUCAGCGACAAUAUUCACAGGAGACCUGAUAUAUAGCUUAUCCUGUGGUACCCUUUCAGAAGGUACCCCUGAGCAGAUGCUUUCAUCACUCCAAAAGAUCGUGUCUCUACCAGACGAUACAAAUAUAUACUGCGGCCGUGAAAACACAGCAGGCAAUCUCAAGUUUGCUCUAUCCGUAGAACCAAAGAAUGAAACUCUUCAGUCCUAUGCAACUCGAGUCGCCCAUCUUCGCAGCCAGGGGCUCCCAUCGAUUCCAACGACUGUCAAGGUUGAGAAAGCGUGUAACCCAUUCCUCAGAAUAUCGAGCAAAGAUAUCCGAAAAUCUUUAAGCAUUCCAGACUCAGCAACCGAAGCUGAAGCAUUGCGUCGUAUACAGAGAGCCAGAGAUCGUUUCUGAAAACUUGGGUAUAUUUUCUUAUUUGUAUAGAAAAAUUUGCAAGUCAAUCAUCAGCUGCAAAGAUCAAUAUUUUAUAUGUUUUGGGCUUUCUUCAGUUAUCAUUUGAAGUUGUGUAUUCAACACAAAAAAAUCUAAAUAUUUAGUUUAAACUCAAUUAUUAAAUUAUGAGAUUUUCAAGUGUAAUGAAUGCUUCAACAUACAUACACAAGUGUAUAGAUAG